AAAAGUGACGUCUUUUGAAGAGAAGAGGAAAGUUGAGAUAAGUUAUGACGAGAAAAGGAUACUAGAGAGUUCAGAGGAAAGUCCGGAUCAUAUUGUUUAAUCUGCUGGACAGGACUUAUACUCGUGAAAAGGUUUAACUUCAAAGAUUCUGAAUUUUUAACUUAACGAUUUGUUUGUUUAGUUGAAGUUCCCGGAGGAAGUGCUUACUGUGAGCAGGUCGCAACGCACGUUAGGCCUAAGAAUACAGUGCGAGGAUUGUGAGGCAAGAAGACGUUCUUCAUAGACGCUGGGAAGAACUCUGAAAAUGAAGUGGAAGCUGAUUUUAAUAUUCAUCUUUUUCGAGAUAUCUUAUACAUCAGCAGCAAAGAAGUGUACACAAUACUUGUCGACGUCCAACCCAACCGGGGUGUCAGUUGACUUAUCCGAUCCAAAUAAUCCUAAAGUUACUUUUCCACCAACAACAAGGGAUGCAAAGGCUGUUUCAGCCAUCAAAACUAAAUAUGACGCCAAAGGAUUGGAUGCAUUUUUCAACCUUGCUGAAUCUUUCAUGAACACGGUACAGAAAAAGGAGAUUCCAGACCUGAGAGACAGUGAUGGCAAAAUCUCAUUUGACAAAGAAAUUAAAGAACUGAAAAGCAGGAAAGGAAAGUUAUAUGAAUUUGAGCUGCCCAUUGUGAUAUGUUUUGCCAUUGGGAUUAUUUUUGCACUACUAAUGCCUUUGGUUGGCUGCUGUUUCUGCUGCUGCCGGCUUUGUGGGAAAUGUGGAGGAGACAUGAUACAAGAUGAUAAACAAUCACAGGCACACUUCAAAUGCUGUAUAUUUGCUGUUAUUUUGUUUGCAAUCACAAUUUUUAUGGUGACUGGCGUUCUGAUAAUGUUUGUUACGAACAGUAACCUUAAAGCUGAGGUUGCAGGCACAGCUAAAACAUAUGAUGAUGCACUUGAUGAAGCAUUUGGCUAUCUAAGAUCUGUAAGAAAGGAAAUGAAAGAGAUAACAGUGAACAAAACUGACUGUCUUUACCAUGGACUGAUUGUGCCGGACAUUAGUAAAACUGGUGUGAAAAAACUUGUAGGAUUGCCAUUAAAGGCCAAAUUAGAACCUCAUAUUCUGGGUGCAUUGUCAUCUGUCAAAUCUGCUAGUGAAAAUGUCACUGCAAUGAAAGGUGCGUUGGAUGUUGUAUCAAACACGACAGGAAAUUUGAAGUCUUCAGCUUCUAAGCUUGGUAAUGAACUUAAGCAAGUUAAAGACGAUUUAGAGCGCAUAAAAACAGACUGUACUGGUCAAGGCAUUUCAAAAUGUAACAACAUCGACACAAGUGGCUUGAAACAAGAAGCCAAUUUCACAAAUCUUCCAAAUGUUGACAGUGAGCUUUCGAAUAUACGGAACAUAAUGAAUCAGAAUUUCUCAGGUGCAGUUGAUGAGGCUACCAAAGUGUUUAACGACAUACCAAAUACGGUUGUAAGCAAAGCAGAUAGCACCCUUACAGAUGUGAGAAAAUUGGCAGAUGAUGCGAAAACAAAGAUUGUUAAUUCAACCGAUAAGAUCUACAGUGCAAUUGAUAAAAUCUUAGAUGACAGAGCAACGUAUGAAAAGUAUAAAAAAGACUAUGUCCAGAAUUCUAUCGAUCUGGAUAAGUUCAGGUACUAUGGUUUUGCAGGAUUAUCUGCAAUUAUCGCCCUAAUUGUUGUCCUUCUUGCACUCGGCCUCACCUGCGGUAUCUGUGGAUAUAAUAGGCAGCGAACGCCGACGAACAGAAGAGCCAUUUCACAUCACGGUGGAAACCUCAUUAUGGCAUCGGUUGGUUUUAUGUUCAUAUUCUCCUUUUUUCUGUUCCUGUUCACUGCUCUUACCUUUUUCGUUGGUGAGCAUUUGCAUAUAUUAUGCCGAGAGCUGAAGGAUGGAGAAAUGGUAGACAAGUUUGCCAAGAGCCAGCUGCAAUACAACGGAACACAGUUUGUUUUCGAGGAUAUUCUUAAGAAAUGUCGUAACAAAGAACCAAUUUAUCGUGCUAUUGAUGGAAAAAAAGUAUACGAUUUGGAAGACAAGCUGAACUUUACAAAGAUUGUGAACAUCGAUGAAACCCUUAACAAGCUGAACUUCAAUCUCUCUGACCAAACAGUUUUGAACGCGGAUACCGAGAAGUCACUUAAGGAUUUAAAAAAUUCGAGUGUCGAUAAAAUUGACUUCCAGAAAUUCUUCGAUGAGUUGAAAAAGAGUAUCGUGAAAGCUGAUCUUACAGCACUUGCUGCAAAUCUUACGUCUUUGGCCGAUGAAAUUCGGAUUUUUCCACACCCAAAUGCCACGAAAAUCGCAAACGAUCUUGCUUCUGUUGCUGGAAAUUUGACGUCAAUAAAGAACAACACAGUAGAUGAAAUAAAGAAGACAACAGUUGAACUUGAAACCAACGUAAAAGAUCUCAAGAUGAAGGCAUCCAAUUUAUCGACUGUUGCCGAAAAUAUUCUGGACAAAAUGAAAAGUGCAGAUAACUAUGUAAAGACUACGGCAGGAACUGAUGUCACAAACUUAAUAAAACAAUACACAAAGCGAGUUUUAAGCUGGCCAGCGCAAUUUGUGACCCAUGUUCUUAAUGAGCUUCAAACGAACAUUGCAAGGUGCACCCCAGUGGCCAAUAUUUAUGAUGGACUCCUAAAUACUUAUUUCUGCCAAGGGAUUGUUGGCAAUUUCAAUGGUUUUUGGAUAGCGAUGGGAUGGUGCUUGUUCUUCUUUGUUUUUGCCAUUAUCUUUGGUGUCAAGCUUGCCAAAUUUUUGAGGAUCAUGAAAGGCAAAGCGGAGUUUGACCCGUACCCUGGUUAUGAAAUGCAACAGCACCCAGUGAAGAUCCCGCUAAAUGAAUUAUCAGAUCGAAUAAUAAGCCGAAACCACGGCGCUGCACGUGACAAUGAAAGGAGUAAGGCUGCAAGUGCCCCACCACUCUACCCAGAGUAAAGGGUACUUACUUCUAUUCCGGUCAUGGAGCAAAUAUUGCUCCUCCGCCUUAUUCAGGUUAAUUCAAUUGUAUUGCACUAAGAAGGGAGAAGAAAAGAAGAAGCAAAAAAGAACAGGGAGAUGAAGAAGAUGAAGAAGCACUUUAUUGUACAGAUCGUAUCUUAGCAUGAGACAUUGAGAAGCGAAAAAGCUUCCAAAGGUGUUUAUGUUUUUGUUUAUUGUAAAUAGGGCUGACAGAAACUGGUUUGGUUCACAAGCCCUUUAUCGUAUCACAAUUUGCAUGCAAUUUACGCAUCCAAUAACUAGCUUUAAAAUUAAUGAUGUUGAUUGAGAAGAGGCAACGCUGAUGCGUUUAGUGUCCGGUCAUAUGUAGAAACGGAACCGAGCAUUUCCCAGUGAAAAGGGAAGACCGUUUGCUGAGACCCUGCCCCUAAUAUUGUUACUACAGUUUUCGAUCUUGUCAUCAGCCGUCUGGAUCACAACACAAGUAACGCAUUUGGUUACAUUUCGUCGACAGAACUAUUAAUCUGAAUUAUUAGUCCUUUUGGCAAGCACUGGCCAUCUAUAAAUGGUAAUUGUCCCUUCUUAUAUGUUUAAGAAAAACCAACUUCUGCCAAUUCCAUAACGGUUUAGUAUGAACAGGACACUUCAAGACUGACUUAUGGCUAAUUUUCAAAUCAUGUUCAUAAUUGACAUUUUCCUUUCUGUUGACUCGUUCGCUUUUUAACAAGUCUUCUUGUUUCGAGAUGUACCAGGCAAUGUAAUGUUCUAGGGCCCACUUGAUAUAAAUUUAUUGUUUAAUUGAACUAUAUCGCUAUCUGUAGUUCUCUGUGAUUCUUGUAACUAUGGUAUGUUCGUAGCGAACGUUUAAGAUUUGAAUAAAGUUGACUUAAGAUGACAGUUUAAACACUUUAAAAACCGUAAGUUUAGCUGUUUGCUUUUCAACAAGUUUAACUUAUCACUUGAACAUUUUAGUAGUUUAAAUAGCGUGAAAAAAAGAA